GCUGCCCUGCGUCGCUCUGCCAGUUCUGGAAGUGGAAGGCUCCGCAAUCACACCCUCCGUUGCUUUUCAAAAUCUCCCCUAAAACCCUAGGGGACGAACCCCACCCCAAAUCGGAGCUGCUGCUCAAGCUGUAGCUACCCAUGGAGUGGAAUCAGGAGACGCUUCAAUUCCUCUCCCAAUGCUUCCUCCACACCCUCUCUCCGGCUCCCGGCCCCCGCCGCCAGGCCGAGUCCUCCCUCUCCGACGCUUCCGAGCGCCCCAACUACGCCCUCGCCGUCCUCCGCCUGGUCGCCGAGUCCUCCGUCGACGAGCAGAUCCGCCAGGCCGCCGCGGUUAACUUCAAGAACCAUCUACGCACUCGCUGGGCCCCGUCUCCCCCCGAUUCCGACGCUCCCGCCCCUUCCUCAUCUCCGAUCCCCGACGCCGAGAAGGAGCAAAUCAAAGCCCUCAUUGUCCCUCUGAUGCUGUCCUCGUCGGCCCGAAUCCAGAGCCAGCUCAGCGAAGCCCUAGCCGUGAUCAGCAAGCACGAUUUCCCCAAGCUGUGGCCUGCCUUGCUCCCUGAUCUUGUGUCCAAUCUCCAGAAGGCUUCGCAGGCCUCUGACUAUGCCUCCAUCAACGGGAUUCUUGGUACCGCCAAUUCUAUUUUCGAGAAGUUCCUUUACCAGUACAAAACCAAUGACUUGUUGCUUGAUUUGAAAUAUUGCUUGGAUAAUUUCGCUGCGCCUUUGUUGGAGAUAUUCCUGAGGACUGCUAAGCUAAUUGACGAAACUUCCUCUUCUGGUCAAGCUGUAAACUUGCGUCCUUUAUUCGAGUCUCAGCGGUUGUGCUGUCGGAUUUUCUAUUCUCUUAAUGUGCAAGAACUGCCGGAAUUCUUUGAGGAUCAUAUGGGAGAGUGGAUGGGUGAGUUCCAAAAGUACCUUACUACUAGAUAUCCUGCACUCGAGAGCAGUGGCCCUGACGGGCUCGCGCUUGUGGACGAGCUUAGAGCUGCUGUGUGUGAGAAUAUUAGUCUUUAUAUGGAGAAGAAUGAGGACGAGUUCCAAGGUUAUUUGAAUAAGUUUGCAUCUGCUGUUUGGAGUUUACUUGGGGAUGUGACUCAGUCCUCUAGUCGUGAUAGGUUGGCCAUUACGGCGAUUAAGUUUUUGACGACUGUUAGUACAAGUGUGCACCAUAAGUUGUUUGAAGGGGAGGGUGUAAUUCAGCGGAUUUGUCAGAGCAUCGUGAUCCCUAAUGUGCGUUUGAGGGAGGAAGAUGAGGAGCUCUUUGAGAUGAAUUACAUUGAGUUCAUUAGGAGGGACAUGGAAGGUAGUGAUCUUGAUACUAGGAGAAGGAUUGCAUGCGAACUUCUGAAAGGGAUUGCUACAUAUCAUAAGGUAGAGGUUAAUGCCAUUGUGUCUGCUCAGAUACAGAACCUUUUGACCUCAUUUGCUACAAACCCAGCUGUCAACUGGAAGGACAAGGAUUGUGCCAUAUACUUGGUUGUUUCACUGGCGACAAAGAAGGCUGGGGGUAAUGCUGUUUCUACUGAUGUCGUUAACGUUGAGAGCUUCUUCAUGUCCGUUAUAGUUCCAGAGUUGAAGAGUCAGAAUGUGAACGAGUUUCCCAUGCUAAAGGCGGGUGCUCUCAAGUUCUUAACAUUGUUUCGGAGUCAGAUACCAAAGGGCAUUACCUUGCAGUUGUUUCCUGAUGUGGUUAGGUAUCUUAGUUCGGAGUCCAAUGUAGUUCACUCUUAUGCUGCGAGCUGCAUUGAAAAGCUUUUGCUUGUUAGGGAUGAGGGUGGGAAAGCAAGAUACACCUCUGCAGAUAUCAGCCCCUUUCUUAUGGUGACAAUGAACAACCUUUUCACGGCUUUGCGGUUUCCUGAAUCUGAGGAGAACCCAUACGUUAUGAAAUGUAUCAUGCGAGUCCUUGGGGUUGCUGACAUCUCCCAAGGGAUCGCUGAACCUUGUAUUGCUGGGUUGACCUCCAUUCUGAAUGAAGUUUGUAAAAACCCGAAAGAUCCAGUUUUUAACCAUUAUUUAUUUGAGUCAGUGGCUGUUCUUGUCAGGAGGGCUUGUGAGAAGGAUGCCUCUUUAAUAUCAUCUUUUGAAGUAAGCCUCUUUCCCAGCCUCCAGACGAUCUUGACCAAGGAUGUUACUGAGUUCUUCCCCUACGCAUUUCAGCUGUUGGCUCAGCUUGUUGAAUUGAACAGACCACCCAUUCCAGCUAAUUACAUGCCGAUUUUUGAGAUUCUGUUGUCGCCUGAUCUUUGGAAUAGAGGUCCAAAUGUCCCUGCACUUGUGCGUCUGCUUCAGGCAUUUCUUCAAAAGUCACCACACGAACUCAGUCAGGGAGGUAGGCUGAGCCAGGUGCUUGGCAUAUUCAACAAACUAGUCCUGUCCACGAGCACAGAGGAACAGGGCUUCUUUGUCCUCAACACUGUUAUUGAGAAUCUAGAUUAUAGUUUGAUUGCGCCCUACAUCCCCCACAUCUGGCAUGCCUUGUUUACACGUCUCCAGAAUAGACGGACUACGAAGUUUGUGAAGUCUCUUUUGAUAUUUAUGUCACUGUUUCUGGUCAAGCAUGGUCCCUCUAACCUUGUUGACUCAAUGAAUGCUGUUCAGCCCAACAUUUUUGUCAUGAUUUUGGAGCAGAUUUGGAUACCAAAUCUAAAGUUAAUCGCCGGGAAUGUUGAACGUAAGCUAACUGCGGUUGCUUCAACGAGGCUGCUCUGUGAAAGUCCUCUUCUUUUAGAUGCAGCAGCUAGCAGACACUGGGGGAAGAUGCUAGACAGCAUUAUGACCUUGCUUUCUCGCCCUGAGGAGGAUACACUUGUGGAAGAGCCAGAUGCUCCAGAUGUAGCUGAAAAUAUCGGUUAUACUGCCACUUUUGUCAAUCUCCACAAUGCUGGAAGGAAGGAAGAGGACCCUUUGAAGGAUAUAAGGGAACCAAGAGAAUUUUUGGUGACUUCUCUGGCAAGACUGUCUGCCCUAUCUCCUGGGAAGUAUCCUCAGAUCAUCAGUGAGAAUCUUGAUCCAGCAAACCAGAAUGCAUUACUUCAGCUCUGCAGCACUUAUAACUGCCCUAUUGUUUGAGAAGAGAUAUGAGGGCUUAUUUGGCGGUUCUUUUUGCAAGUUGCAUCUGCUUAAAGCUGUGAGGAAACGGAACUUCGACUUCCAAUUGGUGCCGUUAUCUGGUUUGGGGACGGGGUUUUAUGGAGUCUUUUACAUGAUAAUCACAUCGAAGCUUUGCACAGUUUUGAGUCCUACGGCUCUUUGGUCGUAGUUCGGAAAUUUUUAAUUUCAGGUUGUAUAAAUCUUUAUUUUGUCGUUAAUUAUCCCCGAGUUUUGCUUACAAAUGCGGCAGUGGCUGUAAUCGUGUUCAACUUUUCCUGAGUCUUGCUUAAAAUGUGGAUGUGACUUCAAUCCUGGUCAAGAUCUUUAGUUGUAUCGUAAACUAUUGGCCGCCUUUUCGUUU